AUGGUGUGCUAUGCCCUCAAUCACGCAUAACUCUCACAGACUGUUGACUGCGAUCACAGGAGAGCCCACACGAGCACCAGCAGAGCCUUCUGCUAUCGCGCAUCAUCACCAACGUCGUACGCGUCACAUGCGAGCGACCACGCAUCGAGAACACGCUAAUGGGUUGUAGGAGAAACUGAAUGAGGCGAUCAUGGUACUGAACAAGAGCCUCCAAGAAAUUAACAUUCAAAACAUGAACGUGGAGUUGGUGGCCCAGAUGUUCAAGAACUACCAGUCCAACGUUUUGUUCCAUCUAGAAGGUAAUCCUGCUUUGCAUGCCAUUUCACGUACAGCGAGCUGACCUGUCUCGCAGCCACGGACAGUCUCAAAGAGCCAUCGUGA